AGAGAGGACAUACGGUUCACACAUUAACCAUUUCAGCAAACUAGGGUGCUUAAGGGGCCUGGAGAGUCCCUUUAAGCAGUGUAAUUUUUCCAUUAAUACUCAACAAAAUUUAAGAUAUAUUUACGAUAUCAGGCUUUAUUGUUGAAAUUUAAAACCAAGUCACUUAUAAUUACAAGACCAUUCAAUUGAAUUAAAAACACUCUUCUUCUUCUAAGCUUUUUAUUUUACUUCAUAAUGAAGUGUACCUGAUUUACUGUAAAAUGAAACAUUGUAUAUCUUUAUUUUAAAUUAAAUUAAAAAUAUAACACACACUCUUAUUCCUUUUCAUAGUAAAGCACAAAUGAUUCACAGUAAAAUAAAUCUUUAUCUUAAAUUAAAUUACAUAUAUAAAAUUUACUCUGGAAAUUUGACAGGAAAUAACAUACUUUUAUUUACCAAGAUUAUUACGUGUUCCACAAGAUAAACGUAAAACGAUAUAUAUUACAUAGGUUUUGCUAUGAUAUAUAAAACAGAAGUUCUUUAAAUAAAUGUAAUAGCCUCAUAAGAAUUUGGAAUAAUACGCUUCGAUAUUAAAACUUUAAAUCUUUCAUAACAUAUUUUCAUUGAAACAAAUCAUUUUCUUAGCUUAAUAUUCUUAAAACAUAAAAAUCCAGUUGAAACAUGCAUUGGUAAGAAGCUCAUAUAAAUAUGUUCACCAUGAAAGAAGCGUUCAAUUAACACUUGCAAAAUGCAUUUAAAUUUCAGUACCACAUAUCUAUGUACAUUUUCAUGAACCUUUCAUGAAGAUGUAGCCUCCUGGGGUGUUACUGGUAAAAAUUACUUAAAUUCCAUCCAACUUGCUACUAAUGAUGACCUCUAGAAUAAUAAAUAAUAAAUGAAAAUAAAUAGUACAAUGAUAAGAAUAAAAUAAUAAAUGCAGGCUCCACUAUGGUAUGAUUUGGCCCAACCACCAGCAUUAAAUAUACUGGGGUAUCUGUCCAAAAGGAACACUCUAACUCCAUUCACCAUAAUCACUACAAUGCACUUUAGGGUGCGAGGAUGCCGUAUACAAUAUAAGUAGUCAAACUGAUUGACUUUUUACCUAUAGUCUAAUGGAUGCCACCCUCUGCCUCCUGUCUAGGCACAAGCACUCAGCUCUGAAAUAUGCAUGGUAAUAUACUCCACUUACCUUCUCUCCGUGGGGAGAGAGAUUCGACGCGGGAGCAAAAAUCAGGUAAGCCGGGGAGCGGGGGCCUUACAGGCAGCUACAUAUUUUUAUUUCUCUGUUAUUCUGUCAAUGUUAUGUUCAGUAAAAAGUCAAGUGACAUAACCAGAACUCCUGUUGCCCAGUAUUUUUAAUCUUACCAGCAUCAAGUCAAAGCUUAUAAUCUUAUACAUGUCUAUAGCUUUUGAAGCUGUGCAACAAAGAACUGGUACCUGUAGAUGAGAUGUCUUGUUCAGUACAUUAUUACUUAAAAUUGUAUGGGAAAAACAAGAUGAGUGGCAGUGUUAGGACGCUGUUUAGUAGAUGAAGCCCAAGAUGCAGAAAAUACUGAAAGCACAAUCAGAAAUGCAGUACAAAGGGGCCAGCCAAAGAAUGGACAGGAAAGGCAAUGGUCAGGACACGCGGCACAGGAGUCAAGCAGGAGUCAAAUACCAGGAAACAAACAGGACAGGCACUGAAGGAGCACAGUAUAACUGAGCAAAGAGUCUAUUGGAGUUUAAAUAGGGGGAAGAGGUAUGUCCAUUUACUGUAGCUCUGCCUUCAUGUACACCCCCUAUGUUGGUCUCCACCUGCUGUCCCUUUAAGAGUGCUUUGCUUCGGCGCUAGUGCACCCUAGGAUCCCCUUUGGUGUUCCGUCCCUCUGCCCUGAGGGAACGGAGAAAGCAGUCCCCCAUCUGCGGUACAGCGCUUGGAAAGCUUGAGAGCUCAGGCAGGCCCCCUGCAGGCAUUGCACAAGCUGAAGAUCACAUGGCCCAGGAGAGCCGAAUCUGGCAGAGGGGGUCUGCUUGAGCUCUCAGGCAGACCCCAGGAUUGCGAUCGCUGGCCGCUGAUCUCCAGCGAUCAGGUAAGUGGGGAUUUAAUAAUGGACUUACUAGGUACGUCCGCGGUUGUUAACGGCCAGUUUUUGUCGAACACACCAUGGUCAGGAAGGGCUUAAUAAGCUUUCCAAAUGAUUUGUUUAAAAAAAUUUCCAUAGACUUUAAUGGUGACUAAUGUAGAUAAAUAAUUUGGAAAGUGUUUCUAACAGUAUUGAAUUAUUUGGAAAGCUUAUGGAAUUCAUAUGGAGAGCUGUAUGCAUACAUACAAAAUAUCUCAAAAUCAUAAACCAUCAUAUAAUUCUAUAAUCUUUAAGAUUUUCAUAUAAAAUGCUUCAAAUCCAGGCUCAGACUAAAAAAAAAGAUAAUCUGAGCUAUUUGUCUACUUGCAAUGCUAGCCACCAGUGGGCAAAUAGUUAAAAACCCUUGGGGUUAAUUAUGUGACGUCCAUUUUAUUAUGUCACGUGUGGUGUUCCCCAAGGUUCCAUUCUCGGCCCCCUACUAUUCACAUUAUUUAUAAAUGAUCUGCCUAAUGUCUGCAAAUCCUCAGAUCUACCGCAGCUUGCGGCUGUGCUCCAAGACCAGUUCACAGAGAUAGAAAACACUGACAAAACUGUCACAAUGAUCUUUGCAACAGUACCUAAAUUACACAAAUUACACAAAUCCCACCUAUCCAUCAAAACAAAUUCAAAUGGCACACUGACCGCAGUCCACUCUUUCAAAGACGUGGGUAUGAUGUUAGACCCCAAUCUAUCUUUUGGCCUCCACAUAGAAAAGCUUGCAUCUAAACUUUAUCCAAAACUAGGUGCCCUGUACAGAAACAAAUCCUGUCUAAGCCCAACAGCAAAGGGAAAGAUUGCACAGCAAAUGCUGAUGUCAAUCAUUGAUUAUGGGGAUGUAGUAUAUGCACCUGCACCGCAAUCCCACAUUAAUAAACUCAACACAUUGUAUAACUCGUUCUGCCGAUUUGUGCGACAAUGUAAUUACAUGACCCACCAUUGUGACAUACUAAAAGAACUAAACUCAGUGUCGCUGGAAUCCAGACGCACCCUUCAUCUUUCCAGCCUUGUGUUUAAGAGCUUUUCUGGGAAGCUCCCACCCUACCUGAGUAGAAUGCUCUCGCCGGCUGUUCCCACCUCCUAUAACCUCCGAUCCAGUACCAGCACUUUAUUUAGUCUGUCUCAAUACAAAGAGAAAGCGGCCCGCACCUGAACCAGAAUGCACCUGUCAUGGUUGAUUGUGUAUUUACUACCUGUUCUAUGUUAAAUUUUGUAUAUAUUGUGUAUUAAUAUUGGUUUUGUAUUUUAUUGUACCCUAUUGUAUCAAUGUAAUGUUUUGUGAACCCAGGACUUACUUAAAACGAGAGAAAUCUCAAUGUAUCUUUCCUGGUAAAAUAUUUUAUAAAUAAAAUAAUAAUAAGGGAGGCAUUUCAAAUCACUAUACCCCACUUGCCAUGCAGCAAGUGGUGGCAUGUCUACUAAACUGUAAAAAUAGCAACUGGGCAGCCAUUGCAUCUUAAUAAGGGGGGUUGGUAUUGUCCCCCCAGGCUCUAACCGUGGGCGUCUGAUGGGGGAUUUUGAAAGUAAGUAAGUAAUGAUGGUGACCAGAUUACUGUCCACCAGCAGCCUUCUUGUGGGGACUAUUCAGUAAAAUAAAUAGGGGGGACUUCCUCAUGUCCGUGCAUUCCCCUACCCAUGGUCAGUGGAAGGGGCUAUUAUAAUAUAAGGGGGAAUUUAGUGUCCCCCUGGCCCCCUCCCAUAGGUGGUGGAAGGCUUAAUUAUAAUAUUCAGGUUUGAAGACCUUGUGCCUCACUCAUCCAACACACAUUGGUGGAGAGUAGGGGACUUAAUUAUAAUAUUUAAUGAGGUUUUAUUGUCCCCCCUACCAAUGGACAGUACGUGGGGGCUCCUAAAUAAUUAAACAAUGAAUAGAUGUACAUGCUACAUGUCCAUCCCCCAUAUAGUGACAUGUGCGCCUCUCUACCUCCUAUCCACAGGUUGCCAGGGUUCCCUAAUUACCUAGACACCAACCCAUCAAAAUUAAAUUAUCCUACCUACCCUUGCUUCACUUAAAUAAUUGUAAAGGGUGUAAUAAAAUUAAUUUAUGUAAAAUAAAAAUUAUACUUACCCAUCUUUUAUUAAGCCCCAAAAAGGCUAAAUUUAAAGUCAUAAUAAGAUGACAAAAUUAGUGAAAAGAAAAAAAGAAAACAGCAAAAAAAAGACCAAAGAAAUGUCGUUAAAAUUGGUGCUUUGUUAAUCUUCUAAAACCUCUACUUUGUACAGGAUUUGAAUGCAAAAGCACCAAAUUUAAACUGGACAGUGAAUGCAAUUGGACACUUGCUUUAAAUCCAGUCAGACCGACCAAAUUCUGACCGCAAUUGGCUUUAGAAAAUCUGCAAAUUGCCAAUGUGGACAGAAUUCAGCCUGUUUAGUGAAUAACCCAAAUAGAGAUGAAGUAGGGAAUUUGAAAUGCCAAGUUGCAAACUCAGAAAACAGAGGCAAAUAUUCAGCUGUAGUCGCACCUUGGUUAUUUUUGUCUACGUUUGGCAAUUAAGAUUUUAGUUGACUAGAAUGUGACACUUAAAGGAACACUUUAGUCACCAGACUAUUUCACCUCAAUGGUCUCAAAUGGUCUGUUUUAUCAAAUCCUAGCAACACAUAGACUCUUAUACAAGGACUAUACAUAAGGUUAUUCACUAAAGUGAGAAUUGGUAGAAAUUUAAAGUGAAUUUAAAAAUUUAGGCCAACAUAGCCAAAAGGGAAAACAAUUCCCAAAUCAAAUCUGUUUUACCAACUGGCUAUUUUUUAACCUUAUCUUGUUGCUUUUUUUAGCUAAAUACAUGGAUGUGUUUUCAUAUGAUAAAUAAAUUACUCCCGCAAAGUAAUCUCGGAAACAUUUUAGGUAAGAGAUAGAAGGAUUUAUUGAAGAAGACACUUUAUCAUCUUACUGUCCUGCAUACAGUACCCUCAUCGUCUGCCAACUUGUGUUUAUCAAGACAGUCUAGCCCUUAUUCCUAAAUGCAACAAUACAAAUUAAUCUUGAAAGGAUUAUCAAUUUAUAGUUCCAAAUGUGUUUUGUUUUUUUAUUUAUAGCAUGAUUCAUUUGUUUGUGGAUUCAUUUUUAAUUUUAACAUGACAAAGUGCAUUUUGCUUCAUUAACUGAUUUUGCGCUUUGCGUGUACAAGGGGAACUUUUAAUCUAUCAUAAACCUGUUGUUUGCACCGCGAUGGUGACAUCUGUCAUGCAUAAAUGCAGUGUGAGGAAAAUUGAAUUUUACAUAAGAGACAGAGAAAGAAUAUUUACAUAGCAAUCAUUGUUUAAACUGACAAAUCUGCUUUAGCCAUCAUUAUGAGUAAUUAUGAGAAUAUUAAAAAGCACUUAAGAAAUAAGUGAAGGCCUCUGUGGAAUGGACAUUGAAUCGAAUUGUUUGCAAGAUAAAAGUGAUUCAUUCUUUUUGAAGUCUUUAAUCAUUAUGUAAAUGUGUUUAAAAUGUGUUAUUUAAAAAAAAAUAUCACCAAAAUAGUUUGCUGUAGUUUCAUACCAAAUUCUCUUAUAAUUUAUUUUAGAUCCUAUCAUUGCUAAUUAGUUUGGUAUUUUGCGCAGCACAUGAACUAAUUUGGAAUUAAUUCUGAUGACAUGGGUACAUCUGUGCUAAAGAGCUUUCAUUAAUUUAUGAAUCUUUUUUUUUUUACAUUUUAAUUUUCUUUUAUGUCUGAUCGCAUAUUUCAGAGGUUAUUUUCAGUAGAUUUAUCAAGCAUAAUAAUAAGUAUUCAGAUUUAAUUUAACUGUAUUAGUCUAAAGUGUCUCCUACAGUGGAAGACGGGAGAUAUUUAUAAUUGAUACUUUGUUUGAUGGUGGGGAAAUCUGGCUUAAGCAUUUUAAACUACUUAAAAUAUAACAUUUAAAUUGUUGCAGGUAUUUAACAAUAGUCAUUAGAAAGUAAAAAAAAUAAUCUUGUAUUUAAAGAUUUAUUUUUAUUUUUAAUUCUUUAUUUUUUUGUGCAUGAGAUCCCAAUCAGGUUUGCUACACCACAAUAGCUGUUGGAAAUACUUCAAUAACAGAAUAUAACAUGGCAUAGAGAAUAUUGUGCACAAUUUUUAAAGUAAAAUAAGUACCGGUAUAUAGAGAUGUCGCGAACCGUGCGCGAACUUCUCGCGAACGGUUCGCCACGUGGAUGCUGUCCAGGAAGUAGGAGGGUCUGGGAGGGAGGGUCUGCUGGAGAUUGGCCGGGACGUGUCAGCUGACCGGAGUUCGCCGCGAACAGCUCGCAGGGAUCCGUGGCGAACCGUUCGCGAGAAGUUCGCGGACGGUUCGCGACAUCUUUACCGGUAUAUAACAAAGUCAGUGAUUUAAAGAUUUGUUUAUGUUAUACAUGGCCAUAAAUCAUUUAAUUCAAGCAAAUUAUUGGUAAAACAAGUGAUGGUGAGAAUAUAGUACAGGAGAUAGAAAGCAGGAGAAAUGGACUAAGAUAGCACGUUACAUUAGUAAGGUCAUAAAGCCCAUGGCUAAAGUGUCCUAAUCCACAAAGGUUAACACAUCUGUUUUUUUAGUCAAUUGUGGAUGUGUAUGUAGUGUAUGUAUGUAGAGUAAUUUGUGUUUAUUCUAUAAACUAUGGAGAAUUUAUAACGGAAUUGUGGAUUUUUGUGCUUAGUUUUUAGGUCUAAUGUUGAAGCAUUAACCCCUUAAGGACUGAGCCAAAUGUACACAUUGUGAUCAAAACAAAACGUAAACAAAAACUUGAAUUUGCGCUAUAUGUCUGCUCAGGCGUAAUUCACCUCUUUCAUAUUAUGUGCACCCACACUUAUUAUAUAUCAUUUUAUUCAGGGGAAACAGGGCUUUCAUAUAACACCAAAUAUUUAGGUAUAAAACAUAAUUUAAUAUGAAUAAAAUAUAAAAAAUGGGAGAAAAUAAGAAUUUUUAAAAAAAUGUUUAGUUCUACGUGACAUUCUAACUGUGAAUGUCAUAAUACAGUUUGAUUUUACUGCAAUAAAAUACACAUAUUUGUAUUCAGCAAUGUCUCACGUGUAAAACAGUACCCCCUAUGUACAGGUUUUAUGGUGUUUUGGGAAGUUACAGGAUCAAAUAUAGCAUGUUACAUUCUUCAGUUUUUUCACAUUGAAAUUCGCCAGAUUGGUUACGUUGCCUUUGAGACUGUAUGGUAGCCCAGGAAUGAGAAUUACCCCCAUGAUGGCAUACCAUUUGCAAAAUUAGACAACACAAGAUAUUGCAAAUGGGGUAUGUCCAGUCUUUUUUAAGUAGCCACUUGGUCUACUUUUGCAAAUGGUAAGCCAUUAUGGGGGUAAUUCUCAUUCCUGGGCUACCGUACGGUCUCAAAGGCAACAUAACCAAUCUGGCGAAUCUCAAUGUGAAAAAACUGAAACGCAUGCCUUAUAUUUGACUCUCUACCUUUUGAAAACACCAUAAAACCUGUACAUGAGGGUUACUGUUAUCUUCGGGAGACUUCGCUGAACACAAAUAUCAGUGUUUAAAAACCGUAAAACGUAUCACAACAAUUAUAUUGUCCGUGUAAGUGCCAUUUGGGUGUGAAAAUUGCAAAAAACAUGUCAUGUUCACUGACAAUAUCAUCGUUGUAAUACAUGUUACUGUUUUGAAACACUAAUAUUUGUGUUCAGCGAAGUCUUCCGAGUAAAACAGUAACCCCAUGUACAGGCUUUAUGAUGUCUUGGAAAGUUACAGGGUUAAAUAUAGUGCUAGCAAAUUAAAUUCCCAGGACCUUUGGGCCUGGCUUGUCAGGCUGGUCCUGCUAAUUGUAAUUAAUAAAAUGACCUAAUUAUUUAAAAUUAUUACAUAAAUAUAUACGUAGAAUUAUAUAUGUAUAUGUGUGUAUAUAAAUAUAUGUAUAUAUAUAUAUAUGUAUAUGAUUUUUAUUUUUUUUUAUUUAUAUAUAGGUGUAUAUAUAGUGAUAUAUUCGUAUAUACUUAUAUAUAUAUAUAUAUAUAUAUAUAUAUAUAUUAUUUCGUUCUACAUGUAUUUUGAUAUCAAUAUAUAUAUAUAUAUAUAUAUUAAUUUUAAAAUACAGUUAGAAUGAAUUUACACACAUAUAUAUAUAUAUUAUUUAUUUAUUUUUUAUUUUUUUAAUUACAUUUUUUAACGUAUUUACAGAUUUAUUUAUUUUAUAUUAUAUAUAAAUAUAUAUAUAUAUAAUUAAAAUUAUAUAUAUAUUUAAUCAAUAUCAUUGAAGCCCACAGUACAUAUGUAAACCCUCAUUUAAUUAUUACAAAAUGUGCAUUGAUGUAGGUUAUCCUUAACACAUAAUAAAACUUUGAAUACAAUUUAUCAUUAUAGCAUCACAACUGGUUCAUGGUUGCCUUGGUAAGAUGACUUCAUUUGGUAUGCCACAUUUUCUAUGUAACAUUUUAAAUUGGCCAAAAAACAUUCCUGUAUAUAAGUGUAAAAAAUAAACAUGUAGAUUUUUCUUUAUCUUUGAAAGAAAAUUAGCUCUAAAGCAUCAUCCAGAUAAGAAUCCUGAUAAUCCCGAAGCUGCAGAAAAAUUCAAAGAGAUCAACAAUGCAAACGCAAUACUGAGUGAUUUAUCAAAGAGAAAUAUUUAUGACAAAUAUGGUUCAUUAGGACUGUACGUCGCAGAACAAUUUGGAGAAGAGAAUGUCAAUGCGUACUUUAUGUUGUCUAGUUGGUGGGCAAAGGUAAGAGGCUACAAUAAAUGCUAUUUCAACAAUCAGCAUUUUAAAUUAAUCCCAAAUAUAAAUUGUUUAAUAUCUCGCAUACCUCUUUAAUAAUUCACAUUAAUUAGCAACUGAAAGUUAUUAAAAAAGUUAAUACCGUUUGUUGUGGGUUCACAGUUCUCCCCAAUAUCAGGAGGGUACUGCAGAAGUCUUCCUUCCCCUAUCAAAUGUAAAAUGAGUGGAGGAUGAUAGAAAAAGAAACUUAAUUCCCUCGACCAAUGUGCAGCUAGUGAGGGGUUAAUACUUAUUAAAGAACCACUAAUGGACUCCUCAGUGACGUGGUCUGGAUGCAGUGGUCCUUUAGUUUUAACCCUGCAAUGUAAAACAUUACCAUUCUGAGGAUAUUUGCUCACAGCCACUAGAGCAGGGGUAGGCAACCUUCGGCAGCCCAGAUGUUAUGGACUACAUCCCCCAUAAUGCUCUUACAGCUAUAGUGCUGGCAAAGCAUCAUGGGAGGUGUAGUCCAAAACAUCUGGAGUGCCAAAGAUUGCCUAUGCCUGGGCUAGAGAGUGAAACUCGAUUCUCACAAUUAACCUUCAUUGUAUUGGAGGAGUGCAGUGCUGGCCACACAUGUGCUUUUUUGCCACUAUGCAUUGGAUUGCACGAGAAGAAGAGUUGCCAUGGUGUUGCAGGGGGGCAGAUUAAGAGACUCCCAGGACUAGAUUUCGUACUUGAAAAAAAAAAAAAAAAAGUGCGUAAUAUCCUUUCUGAAACUAAAAGCAGAGGAGAAACCGAAACAGGUUUGAAUUCCUAAUGCUAUAUAGUUCCUUAAGAGUGUGUUCCCCAAAAUAAAAGGGAAUAAUAAUAAUUUUUUUUGUUUUUUCCAGUGGUAUCAAAUGCCCCAAUGUUCACUUAUUGUUAAUACUAGGCAAUGGAGGUGCACUUUCAUUCAAUCAAUACAGGCGAAUGAAAUCUUCCAGUAACUAAGCAAAAAGGAAUUAAAUGAAUGUUGUUAUCUUAGUGCAGAGGAACACCGUACAUGCACAUUUUAAACAUUGUCUUGUCUUUAUAUUUAUUUAUUUAGGGUCUGUUUGCACUCUGUGGCCUCUUGACUGGCUGUUAUUUCUGCUGCUGUCUCUGCUGCUGUUGUAACUGUUGCUUUGGAAAAUGUAAACCCAAAUCCGCAAGUGGAGAAGACUACGAAUGCUAUGUGUCCCCAGAGGACUUGGAGGAGCAGAUCAAGACAGACAUGGAAUCAGGUACAAAAAGAAAUCUACUAUUUUCUAGAAAUGUAUACAUAGCAUGAAUAUCAAGAAGGUAAUCAGUGACAUUUAUCCCUUUUAUCGAAACUGAGAAAUAGCACUUCAUGGCGCAUGUUUCAAGCAUGUUAUAGUACAAAUUAACCUGUCAUCAUUGUAAAUAUGAGCUGCUAAACCUUAUUCAUGACAUGAUAGUAUGUGUAAAGAUUUUCACAUGAAUUUUUUGCAUCUUCUCACACACUGUUUCUUUUCAUUCACAUGUCAACUUUUUAAGCCAAAGGCAUACAUUUUAAAACUUAUUUUUAUAAAAUGUAUCACUAGCAGUUUUUAUACUUUGUCAGUGACAAACUUGUUACAAAACUAAUUUAGGCUUCUUUUUGUCAUCCUGGGAUUUAAAGGUCACUCAUAGGCACCAAAACAAUUUUAGCUUAAAGGAUCACAACUCGUUUUCCUGACACUAUAUAAUCCUUAGGUGUCCCCCCCCCCACCCUCAGCCACUUACCUUUAUCCAGUGCCGGGCUCCCUCAGCGCUCUUGAACUCUCCUCCCCCUCCGACUUCAGCUCCCGAGUGGAGCAGAAUGCGCAUGCGCAGCAAGAGCUGCACGCACAUUAAAAACGCCCAUAGGAAAGCAUUUCUCAAUGCUUUCCUAUGGAAGUUCUGCAUGCUCAAUGUGAUUUUCGCAUCUACCACCACUAGAGGCUGGAUGAACCCUGCAAUGUAAACAUAGCAGUUUCUCUGAAACUGCUAUGAUUACAGCUGCAGGGUUAAAACCUGGGGGACCUGGCACCCAGACCACUUCAUUGAGCUGAAGUGGUCUUCGGUGAAUAUAGUGGUCCUUUAAUGAAGCAGCUUUGAUUAACAGAUCAUGCCACUACAAUAUCACUUCUCAAUUCUCUGUCAUUUAGGAUAUAAAUCACUUUGUUUAUGCUGCCCUAGUCACACCUCUCUGCAUGUAAGAUGCACAGCCUUUCUAAACACAAAAAGAGAUCUAAUGUUCUUAAACAGCCUUUAUUGUGCAUUCUGUUUAAUUUAGAAUGUAUCUCCUGCUCUGGCCUUCAAAACCAUGCAGGAGCCUCCUGUGUGUGAUUAAAGUUGAGUUUACAGAGCAGGAGAUAAAAAUGUCCAAAGCAAGUUAACAUCUGAUUGAAAAUGAAACCGUUUUUUUCAUCUAGGCUGUGUGAGUCACAGCCAGGGAGGUGUGGUUAGGGCUACAUAAACAGAAACAAGUAACUUAACUCCUAAAUGGCAAAUAAUUGAGCAGUGAAACUACAGGGGUAUGAUCUAUGCACUAAAAUUGCUUAAUUAAGAUAAAGGUGUUGAUGCCUUUAGUAUCCCUUUAGGUUCAAGACUACUUCCAACCGUUGAAAAACAACUGCAGUCAAUGGGAUAAAUAUUUUGUUCUACACUUAGUUACACUGCCCUGCAGAUUUUAUAGGAACACUCCAACCAUCGCAGCUUGUUAUAGUGAUUAUGGUGCCAGGAGCGCCAAGAAGUAACCUAGCUCCUACCAGCAAAACCACAAAUAAUGUUUCAGUUAAAGGAACACUCCAGUGUUUUAAAUAAAUGUUUACUUAUAAUGUUAGAGUAUCCCCCAUUAGAUUAUUGGUUCUCCCCCCAUUUGAGUAAAAUAAAUACCUUAAACUUACCUUUUAUCCACUGCAUCUCCUUCUGCUCUGAGAUCAUUGUGACUGACAAAUGUAAAGCAACAGCUGUUUCUCACAAAUGGCAAUCUUUACAUUUUUGGGGACAGGAUCUUUGCACCAAAACAACUACAUUAAGAUGCAGUGAUUUUGGUGCUUUGGGUGUCAUUUUAAACACUAGACUUUAUAAUACCAUAUGCUAUAGUUUAUAAUGGUUUAUUUAUCAGUUCAUGUGAGGCUUCUUUAACAAGUACUGUGGCAAAAAUACAUGUUUUUUAUUUUUUUUAUUUAAAAUAUGCAUGUUCUUCUUUCAGCCAAAUUCCUUGAAGGUUUGUGAGUAUAAAAUGUAGCUAGUGUAAUGAAGUCAUGUCUAUGUGUCACGUACAAUACCGCCUGCCAGAAUAUUGGCAGAACUGCUUCCUCCUGGGUCAAAAUUAAGUCUCUAGGAGAGAAAUUAAAUCUUAAUGAAAUCUGUCAUCCAAAGCAUAGCCACAGUAGAGAAGCAUUUCAAAGGAGCGUUGAAUCAAUUUUUGCCAGUUCGGUAUAUAAUUGUGUAUUGUAAAUAAAUUAACCCGUUAGUAAAUGGUGCAACACAAUAUGUGGAACAAGUCCUUGUCAGUAGUGGCUGUUUAGGUCCCUGGCCCCCCUCAGAUUGCAGUGAAAAGGUAUUUAAAGUUACCUUUCUCCUACGCCGGGCCAGUCUAAUCUCAGCCAAUCCAAUGCUUUUUCCAUAGGAAAGCACUGGGAAGAUAUUGCACAUGCGUGGCAAAACGCAGCACAUGCAUUUUAUCUGAAAAGGCAGCAUUACAAUAAAAAGCCUGCAGGGACAGGAUAUAGAUAAAUUGCAGUUUUUCAAUAUUUAAAGCCUCAAAAUAAUCCUGGCUCUGGACGUAAGGGUGUUUGGCGUCUCUUAGAUUUCACCACACCUUCCUCAUGUCAGAAUGGGGUGAGAUGGACGGUUAAUCCUCCUAACAUUGGUACCAGUAACUCUCAUUCAAGGCUGGCGAAUCUGAAGCGUUUCAUACUGAACACGCAGAAUCCUUGCACCAUAACCACUUCAAAGCACUGUUGUGGAAUAUCAUAUAACUAUCUUACGAGAAAUGCCCUCAAUUAUUAAGAACAAUAUAAGAUUGUGGCAAUGUAAUGGGGGCUCGUAAUCACGUUCUUUUCCAUGGUAAUUUUCUCCAUCCAAAUAAUUAUAAAUCCAUAUUUUUUUCUAGAUUAGCACUUUAUAGUCAUUGUGGGCUUUGCCUACAUAUUAUGCAAAUCAGAGCACUUGGAAAACCAACUAAGACAUAAGGAUGUCCAUUACACAUGAAGAAAUUUGCAUUGCCCACACUAUCCAAAAUACCACCUGUGUAUCCUAAUCAAUUAUAUAAUAUAUUCCAUCUUAGUCCCCUAUUUUCAGUAUGUAUAAUAAUAUACAUUUCAUAGAUUUGUCUAGACCAUUUCCAAUUUUAUUUUCAUUGACCUAAAACAUAAUAACUUGCUCUAAAUAUAGAACUAGCAUGUCAUACAUUAUGUGUAUUAAAUUAUUCUAUAAAAUUGCUUCAAAAAUAUAUUUUGGAACUGUGUCAGAUUUUAACCGCUCUGAAACACUUCCCAAAAGAUCUUACGUGUGAGAUAUUCAUUCAGCAAUAACAAAAUUCAAGAUAGCUCUCCAGAAUGAGUGUUCCACAAUUCUAUGAUAUGUAGUAACUGUGUAAAGAAUAACGAGUGGUCAAUCAAGAAAAAAGCCAACAUCAAUAUAAGUUUAUGUUGAAAAAAAUACAUGACCAGGUGGGGCAUUUAGCAUAUACAGUUUAAAAUAUCUAUGGAGAUUGCACUUUCCGAGUUAAUGACGCCAUGUAGGGUGUAUGAAGAAAAGUUAAAAAGUACCAAGUGACAUUCAUUUGUCUUCUUAUGAAACCCUAUGUAAAAAGGAAAUUAAUGACCCAUGCUAUGCCUGACGCUAGUUAAGGUCACAUAGUAUGAGUCAGCAUACAGUAAAACUGUUUUUUCUGAAUUACUCUGCAGAUAUAAAAGCUUUAUGAAAGGCAGAUAUGGUCUGAUGCACAUUAAAAAACACAUUUGUGCCUAAAAGGAACACUAUAGGGUCAAUAACAUUUAUUCCUGACGCUAUAGUUAUAAAACCAGGGCUAAAUGUACCCCCUGGCCUCCCCCUUGUCCCCCUAAAUAUAGUAAAAUCUUACUUUAGUUCACGUCUACAGCUGCUGGCUCUGCCCCUGAUCUGCCUGCUUGGCUAACAUCAUCAGAAGAGUUGUUCUGAGCCAAUCACAAUGCUUUCCCAUAGGAUCGGCUAAGACUGUCAAGGAGGCAGAUCAGGAGCAGAGCCAGCACAAGUCAAACACAGCCCUGGCCAAUCAGUAUCUCCUCAUGGACACUGAAUGGCAGUACUGCACAGUGGGCAGCACUGCCCCAGUUAGCACCUCUAAUAGCCAUAUGAGGAGUGGCCAGUGGAGGUAUCACUUGGCUGUAAUGUAAACACUGCAUUUUCUCUGAAAAGACAGUGUUUACUGCAAAAAGCCUGAAGGGAAUGAUUAUAUUCACCAGAACAAAUGCAAAAAGAUGCAGUUCUUCUGGUGACUAUAGUGUCCCUUUAACCCCUUAAGGGCACAUGACAUGUGUGACAUGUCAUGAUUCCCUUUUAUUCCAGAAGCUUGGUCCUUAAGGGGUUAAUCAUGUCCUAAGUUUCACCAUGCACCGGGCCAUAUGUGUCAUUCAUAAAGCUUUUCAAUAUUGGAUUUUCGGUGUGCUGUUAUGAGUUAUAAGCCUGUGUGUGUAUUAUUAUUUUAUUAUUAUUAUUGCCAUUUAUAUAGCGCCAACAGAUUCCUUUGCGCUUUUCAAUAUUGUGAGAGUAGUGACUUAACUUCAGAUAGAACAAUUACAAUAAAACUUACAGGAACGAUAGGUUGAAGAGGACCCUGCUCAAAUGAGCUUACAGUCUAUAGGAAUGAAUGUGUGUGAGUCUGUGUGUGUAUUAGUCUGUGUUCAAAUGAGUCUUAUUCAUUUUAAAAAUAAUAUUUUUGUAAUAUCAGUUUUAAUUGAUUUUUGUUUUUGUUACAGAUGGUCACACUCCCAUUGCAAUGCAACCAACACAUUUAAAUGAGAAAACACAGCUGAUUGGAGACAACCGCCGUACCUAUCAAACAGACUCAUAG